GCCAGCUACCAGAAGCUGAAAUUAGAUGCCUGUCACAAUUAGAGUUAUCAGUGGUGGUGACACUGAUUUCAUGAGUGACAACAAAUGGAUGUGGUGAUGAGCUUUUAUUUCCAGCUCCAGGUUUCUUAUCCACUUAAGAGAUAUCACAAGGGUCUUCCCAAUAGAGAGACCACUUAAAUCUGGUAGGCCUUGUGUAGCCUACUAAUUCCAGAAGCAUAUCAUCUUGACAUCAAUUGGCUCUCCCUCUCAGCUCCUUGUUUCAAUAAAUCAUACACAAAAUUGGUCCUCUGGUAAUGAGUUCAAUCAAUCAUGUUGAAAAAUAUUCUUUGAAAGUUUUUUUAUUUUAGAAAUAUUUUAUUCAUCAAUUUUUAUAAAUAAGAGUCACUAAGUAUUGUCAAAAUCCUAAACAUUUUUCUCUUAAACUCAUUUUUUUUAAUUGAAGUGAAUUAUGUAUAUGCAAUUUUACCCUUUUCUUAUACAUAUUCUGCAAGUGCCUACUUAUUAGGUAUAUGUGUUUAAUGAAUGCAUUAACUUGAAAAUAAAAAAGAAAGACCUACAGUUAGAGGUAAGCUGAGGUUUUUUUUUUUUAAUUCCCAGUGGAAGGAAAGAGAUAUAGAAUCCAUUUUUUGUGUAUAAUUUUUACUUAAAAAUAGAGGUAGAGGAACUACUAAUGGAAUCCAUAUUUUAGGGUAAGGAAAAGAAUAGAAAAUAGAAGGGAGGAAGCCAAAUCAAACCCAAGCUGAGCCAGCCAAUUUAAAGGGUUAAUUUUGACCAAUUUUGACCUUAUUCAAAACAAACCCACUGCCGUCCUCGAUAAAUGCCAACCUCAGCUCCCUCCGAUCUCCCAACACGAGAGCGCAAAAGUCUCUCCUUUCGGAGUCUCAAAACUCUUCUCGAGGGAGAAAGAAGGAGAGCAAAGCGAACCACAUGGGUCUUCUCGACCAGCUGUGGGACGACACCAUCGCCGGCCCCCCGCCCCUCCGCAAGCUCCGCAAGUACAACUCCUUCUCCUCCUCCUCCUCCUCCUCCUCCGCCGCCGCCGCCGCUACCGCUGCCGCUGCCGGCCAGGUCAGCCGCAGCAUCACCAUCCUCCGCACCCCGGCCUCCUCCCCCCGCUCCCCCUCCUCGCCGACCAGCGCCCCCGACUCCCCCGUCGCACCUCCGGGGCCGAGAGGAGACUGGAAGAGGCUGCAGAGGAAGUCGGUGCCGGCGGCGGAGGGAAUGCAGACGGUCGAGUCCAGGAACCCCACCGUCUACGACUGGUUCGUCCCUCUAUACCCCUUUCGAAACAUAAAUUCUUUGCACAGGAAACCCUAAUAAUCCGUACAUAAAAACUGCUAUCUUUUUUUAUGUGUAGUUUUCCACAGGAAACCCUAAUUCAUAUUUUGCUCGUAAUUAUUCAUUCAUUUUGGCACAAUUGGCGGCUGUAAACAACUUUGAUCCAACUGUUACAGAAAGAAACUUG